AUGGAGGGCGUCACGCUGCUCGAGAGUGGCGCCUCACGAGCGCACUUUGCGCUCGUCAAGAAGCUCGAAGGGACCGAAAAUGCUGCGCUCGCAGACACGGCCAUCAGCGCCGCAGUGGAACAAAUCCGCAAGUCGCUCCAGGCCAAGGACGCAUCCUCUUUCUCCCCAGCUACUCUGAGCUCGCACUUUGUCGUGCUCCUGCACUGCGUCUCGCACCAUGCCACUCGUAUUUCUCUCGACUUUGCCCUUGUCCCGGCCCUGCACCUCGUCGCCACGGCCAUGCAGCCACAGCAACAGCACGUCGCACACACAAUUCUCCAGCAUAUUCUACUCGGCGAUCAGCAGGAGGAGGCAGUAGAUGGAUCGCUGCUCCUGCUCAACACCACUCGGUCCCACCUCUUGGCCAGCCUGCCGGCAUCAUCGUCGUCGACGUUGUCGUCAUCGUCUUCUUCAUCAUCGGCACAUUCGAGCAGGAGGCGGACAACCUCUGCGGAUGACUCAUCGAAAUCGAAGGCGCUGAGGUACGCGCAGACCUACUUUGCCCUGUCCUCGAUCUUGUCCGGCCUGCCCUCUGGACCAGACGUUGUUCCAGCUCUGUUUGGCCCGACGCUGUCGCUCGUCGGCCACCGCGACGCAAAGCUCAGUGCUCUGGCUAUCGAUGCGCUCGCAACGCUCGAGUCUUACGUCAAAGACGACGACAGCGUCGCGAUCGCAGCAUGGGAAACGACCAAGACGGUCAUCGCCGCCGAGUUCGGUACCAUUGAAGCCAAUGGCAAGGCAAGGGCAAGGAAGACGGCGCCGAGUCUGUCGCUCUUGACGCCGUGCCUCCGAUCCAUUUGCAGGGCAUCCCAGAGGGGAUAUUGGGACGUGGAGAGAUCGUUGGAGGCCCUGUGUCAGAUACUCGAUGGCCUAGUACAUGACGACGCCGACCAUGCUCUCGUCAGAGCAACGAGCGAGGCCAUUGCCCAAGUCGCAGCAUUGGGCAAUCCUACGCCACAUAUUCUGGAAAAGGCGGCCGUGGCCCUUGUGGACGCAUUUGGGAACUGUCAAUCCACUUACUCGGCGGCACUGGGCAUAGUCAGGGCUCUGGGUGCCCUCCAGAGCCGCGCACAGUCCUUCGAUCCACCGCAUGCACUCGCUCCAAAGAACCUCGACGUCGUCUGGAGCGCCGUCCGAUGCCAUCUCAAGGCCAGGAAUGCCAACCGCAAAAUUCUUGUCCUAGGUCUCGUGGACGCUCUCAUCCCCUUUGGCAAUCUGGACGAGGUGCAUGGAUUUGGUGCCGACGAGGUCGGGCAGAUUGUCUCGCUCCUGGGUGACAUGGACAGUACUGUCAGAGGGAGGACUCUCCACCUGCUCGACCAAGUCGACCCCGACCUAUUGUUGCAGCACCAGGACCACCUCAAGGGCGCAAUGGAAUCGGCAUCCAUGCUACAAGACCGGAUCGAUCUGGGUGUCCGAUGGAUCGAAACCGUCUACGAACGGAUGCGCUAUUUGAAGAGGGGCCUUUGGGCUGGAGGCAAGGGCUUUGGCAUAGCACUUGUGGACCUCGCUGUUCAAUUCUCCAAACUGGAUUACAUUGAGGAGACGGUCGUCUCAAGUAUCUUGUCACUGCUUCGAACAGCUCCUACCUCGUUUGCUCGCAUCGCGCUUCAUCCCUUUCUAUUUCGCCUCGAGGAAGACUUUUUCGAAAGCGCCUCAUCGCCGACUGCGGUCAUGAUGGUUGCCUCGCUGAUUUGCGAGUUUGCCUCUAACCCCGAUGAAGAGCAGGAACAGGAUAACAUCGAUCAAGACGACGAGGAGAUGGUGCCUACCAAAAUCAAGGGCAUCGAGUACCGCAUGUUUGACAAGAUGGCCUCAAUCUUAACGGCAACGUCCUCUCCGGUCUUGCAAGAGGCCCUGCUCGUAGCCAUGGUAAGGCUUACUCUGACUGUGGCCGAGAUCCCCGAGUCAAGCGUAGCUACAGUGAGAAAGGUGCUCGAGCAUGCUUCCAGUGGUCUUGUGCAGGCGCGCGCAAAGCAAUUCAUAUCCUUCUCCGACGACCUGCAGAGGUCCUCGUUGGUGUCUUUGCCACCUCGCCCCACGCUCACGGAAACCCUCGACGCCUUCGAUCGACACUUUGCCGCUACAUUGGCCAAGGAGCACGUCGGCAGUACCAGCACAGCCCGCACCACCGCACAUUCUUCUUCUCCUGCGGAAGUCCGCCCGCUGCGGUACGAAGCCUACGACGAUGUUGCGUCCUCACAAACGCCCAUGGUUGCCUCACAGCAGCAGUCAAGUGGCUCGCUUGGAGGACCGCGGACAAUGCCGAAGCCGUCUGACGAGCGGCAAAGGCUGCGGGCGAAGACGAAGCGGGAGGAAAAGAUGAGGCUGGACAUGGAAGCAAGCAUCAGGAGGCUCACGCUCGGCCCAGAAGACAAGCCUGAUGAGGAGCACGAGGGGGAGCAAGAGCAGGGAGAACAGGGACACUUGAUUCUCUUUGACGCAGACCAGUCCUCGGACGCGCCCCAGGAAGAGAAAACGAGUUGA